AACUCAACGUUUACAUUGGUUUACAUUUUAGUCGUUCGUUUCAUCCGCAAAAACACAAAAUAAUCUAAAAUGGAAGCUCUUUUCGCUAUACCCUUCUCAGUGCUAGAGAUACCUAACAUCAAGAUCAAAAAACCAUCAUGGUUGCAGGCACCGUCGGCUAUGACCACCUUUUCAUUGGUGCUUUUAUCGUACUUCUUGGUGACUGGAGGUAUAAUCUACGACGUGAUCGUGGAGCCGCCGAGUGUGGGAUCCACGACGGACGAGCACGGACACAGCCGGCCGGUGGCGUUCAUGCCGAACAGGGUCAACGGACAGUACAUCAUGGAGGGGCUCGCCUCCAGCUUCCUCUUCUCCCUCGGAGGCCUUGGCUUCAUCAUACUCGACCGCACACAUAACCCUACUACGCCAAAACUGAACAGAAUUUUGCUCAUCUCCGUGGCUUUUCUGUGUAUCCUGGUGUCGUUUUUCACAACUUGGAUCUUUAUGAGGAUGAAGCUGCCUGGGUACCUCCAAAAUUAAGUCUUGGAUUGUAGGAUCCUGUACAUUUCUGAUUACCAUUCCCUUCCAUCAUUACCGGAUGGUUAAAGGUGAAUGUAAGCUUCCAUGAGCUCUGAAUUAUACAGAUAUUCAGAAAUAGCAUAAACUAAGUUAGGUUUAAUUAUCAUGUAAGAAACGGUUCACAAAAUUUUACUCUAUUUACGUGUAAUGAUUUGAAUAAAUAUUUUUUGUAUAAUUUAAA